GGAAAUUCGUCACCCUGUCAGUUUCUCAGACGAGCAGAGUGGUUUAACUUCUUCUUGUGAGUUGAGUUACAGGCAUGAGUUGAAAUCUCCCAGCCAGGAAGGUACCAAAGACGAAAAAAUCAAAGAGAGAGAGAGGAAAUUUCACUCUCAUCCAUGGGCCUGUGAGUAUGUGCGUUUGUGUGGAUGAUUGCAAGUGCUAGAGGAGCUUCGAUGUUUUGCAUCUAGAUUGGGAAUGAGAUCCGUGGCAAUCAGGCUUGAAACGGUUCCAGUGCCCUCAGGAGGGGGCGCGCCCCCUGGUUGCGGUGGUGGUUUUUUAUAUUCCAUUUCAUACCGUGUGGAUCGGACUCAAACUGUCAUCAUGGAAAGUGAAACUUUGACCAUUGAUAUGAGAUCGGAUACGGUGACCAAACCAUGUCCAGCCAUGAGAAAGGUCAUGUCUGAGGCUCUCGUGGGAGAUGCUGUUCUUGGAGACGAUCUGACCACAUUGGAAUUGGAGGCCAAAUGUGCAGGGAUGUUGGGCAAAGAAGCGGGGCUCUUUGUUCCUUCGGGCACGUUGGGCAACUUUUUGAGCGUCAUGGCUCAUUGUUGGGGCAGAGGUCUCGAAAUCAUGGUCGGUGACAAAUCCCACAUCUACAUUUACGAACAAGGAAAUGUUGCCCAGUUUGGUGGCGUCCAUUCGCGCACUUUGACUAACUUGCCCGAUGGAACCUUUUCAACGGGGGAACUGAGGGCCAAAAUUCGACCCGAUGACCAACUCGAGCCUCAGACAGCUCUGAUUUGCAUCGAGAAUACCCACAAUAAGUGUGGUGGAAAGGUCCUCCCAUUGACCUGGAUUCGGGAGGUUGGUCAAAUAUGCAAGGAUGCAGGAUUGCCUUUGCACUGCGACGGAGCGCGAUUGUUCAACGCCUCAAUUGUUAUGGGCAUACCUGUCAAGGACUUGGUGAAGGAUUGCGACUCCGUGUCACUCUGCCUCAGUAAGGGCCUGGGUGCUCCCAUUGGAUCCGUCAUCGUUGGCUCCGAGGAUUUUAUCAAACGUGCCCACCGAUUGCGAAAGGCCGUUGGAGGAGGGAUGAGACAAAGUGGGAUUAUUGCAUCUGCGGGCAUUUAUGCAUUGGAUCACAACAUUGACCGCCUCCGCAUUGAUCAUCAACGGGCCAGAGCCAUAGGAGCCAUUUUUAACAAAUAUGGAAAGGGCCGAUAUGAGGUUCACGAGGAUGGUGCCAAUUCCAAUCUUCUGUUUGUUUCCAUCAAGAAGAACGUUUAUUCUUCCUCUGAGUUUCAACAACGUUUGGCAUUGGUAAAAGAACCGGAGAGAAAAGCUCUUGGUCACUCUACUUCGAUUCUUGGAGUACCCUUCUCUCCAACCCACUUGCGUUUGUCGUUCCAUCUGGAUAUCAAGGAACAUAUGAUGGCCCGAAUUGAGGAUAAGAUUAAGUACGUUCUCCAGGAAUAAACCGCAACGCGUUUUAUUUAUUUGGAUUACUCCUCUACUGGAUCUUCAUCUUGGUGAUUGUUUUCGCCCUCUCGGAUUCUUCGAAGCCCAAAAAUAUUUUUCAAAACAUGUUGCCAUAACUGAACAAAGCAUGAUUUCCCCAUUCAUUGUGUCCAUCCCCAAAAAAAUGAAUGUAAAGAAUAAACACAUCUAGU